AUGACUACAGACACGGAAACUCACUUCCGCUUCUCCCAGACUUCAAUCUUUGAGUCUAAAAAUGUUGCGAGGAGCGCGAGUGGUAUGAGAUUUGUUCAAGAAGACCUUUGGUCCCAGCCUUCAGAGGGAAGUGCCGAACAUCUUGACGACAACCCUGACAUGAACCACGAACCUGACUAUCUGUCUGCCUUUUGGCACUACCAGUCGCCUCUGGAGUUCAAGAUGGACUUGAUGCUCGCCGAAGCAACAGAUUCCCAUGACGAAAACGCUCUGCUCUACGGGCUCCAACAUCCACCCGCGGACAUAGAGGCGCUGCGCGCUCGCAAAAACGACGAAUUGUUUGCGGGAGCCGAUUUGUCAGCGAACAUGGCGCCGAGUCUGGCCUACGAGGGAGCUGACGCGAUGCGGCGUGGCGUGAGUUGGAAAUGCGACUUUGUCUUCGAAGCUGCAAAGGGAAAGCAGCUUCAAGUCACACCUCUGUCGGCUGCUGCACCACGUGACAGAUGCCAAACGCAAAGGAGAGCGCCUCCGGCCGAGAGCAGGGCCAACUGGACGAAUCAUCACGACAAGACAAAGGACAUGUGCUCCACGCGCCCCAUUGGCACGGGCAGGAGGAGACGAGCAUAUGGCACGGAGGAGAAGCCGCAGCGGGAAAGGCUCACGAUGGAGCAGAAACGCCGCAAUCACAUUCGGCAUGAGAAUAAGCGUCGCGGCCUGAUCAAGGAUGGCUUCGAGUGUCUGGUGAAUACCGUCCCGGAGCUGCAAGGAAGAAAAUGGCCCAAGUCUACGAUUCUGUCAAGGACGGCAGAGUUCUUGAAGCGUGUGCAGGAAGGAAACAAGAGGCUGCAGCUACAGAUUGCUGAACUUUCACGGAUUAAAGACAAUGCUAGAUGA